GUGAGGUUAUGUAACUGUCAAAAUCUGUCAACACGAUUUCUGUAAAUAAAUAGUAUUCUUAAAAAGUAUUUUUAUGAAAUAAAAACCAAUACAAUGGAACCAGAAGAGCAUUUUGUAGCCCUUAAAGUUAUGAGGUUAACAAGACCUACCUUAGCAAGUCCUUUACCUGUAACCUCUGAUACAAAAGAUUUACCAGGAAACUUACUUAAUGAAGCCUUACAAAAAGAUUCCACAACAGUUCCAGGCACAGAAACUUUAGCAAUAGGCCAGUUUCUAUUAUUGCCCCAAAAUCCAGUUAACAUUUAUCUAGGUGAAACAUUUUCAAGCUACAUUUGUGUUUAUAGUGAAACGGAGCAAAUAGUUAAUAAUGUUGCGGUUAAAGUGGAUUUACAAACAUCGUCACAACGAUUGGCUUUAUCAUCAAAUCCAGCUACUGCAGCUUUAAAUCCCGAUGAUACAGUUAAUGUUGUUAUACAUCAUGAAGUUAAAGAAAUUGGAGCCCAUAUAUUGGUUUGUGAGGUAUCUUAUCAAGCACCCAGUGGAGUUUCAAUGUCUUUUAGAAAAUUCUUUAAAAUAAUGGUUUUAAAACCCUUAGAUGUCAAAACAAAAUUUUAUAACGCUGAAAAUGAUGAUGUUUAUUUAGAGGCUCAAGUACAAAAUAUAACUUCCGGUCCAAUUUGUUUAGAGAGAGUCUCAUUGGAUGCUUCACAUUUAUUUAAUGUUACAUGCUUAAAUAUGACACCAAGUGGUAAAAGCGUUUUUGGAAGAACAACAUUGUUGCAGCCCCAAUCAAUAUGUCAAUUUUUGUAUUGUUUGACUCCAGAUCCUAAAUUAUUUAAUGAUUUAAAAUUGUUGAGUGGAGCUACUAAUAUCGGAAAGUUAGAUAUUAUUUGGAGGAGUAAUUUAGGAGAAAAAGGAAGAUUACAAACAAGUCAAUUGCAAAGGAUGGGACCAGAUUAUCAAGAUAUAAGAUUAUCUGUAGUUCAGUUACCUAAUUUUGUUAUUUUAGAAAAUCCUUUUGCUUUUAAAUGUAGAAUUUUGAAUAAUUCGGAAAGGAAUGUGGAACUAAUUUUAGCAUUGGAAGAUCGUGAAGGUAUCACUUGGAGUGGAGUAUCAGGGAAAACAUUAAAAUCAAUUUCUGCACAUUCAACCCUUGAUAUCCAAUUAAAGGUUGUACCCUUAAUUCCUGGAUUAAGGACAUUGGGUGGAAUAAAAUUGUAUGAUCCUCUAUUGAAACGAAAUUAUCCUUAUGAAGAUUUAGGUCAGGUGUUUGUUAUGUUAAAAAAUGAUUUAAUAUCUAAACAUAUGUGAUAUAUUUGCUUGAUUUUAUAGAUAAUUAUACAAAUUAAUAGCUGUUAUAUUCAUGUUUGCUAUAUAUAAAUCAAAAUAAAAUUAUUAAAAAGUAA